AAGAAGAAAAUAAAAUGAAAAAUGAAAAAUGAAAAAUGUAAAAUUAAAAAAUAAAAAGGCAGGCUUGAGCUGUUCAAGCCGACUUCAAUCUCCUUAUUCCAAUAACACCCAUCAUCUAAACCCAUGUUGCACCCCCUUCGUGCAACACAAACCAUGGGCAAAACGGUAAUUUGGUGUAGAGCCAACGCAUCUCCGAUCAUAACACUGGGGGAGGCGCUGCCAUGGCUUCGGAUGAACCUUCGAUUUUCUUGAGCCCCAAACUCAAGAACACAUCUUAUAAUUAUUAGAAUCUUUCAGAAAGGAAAAAUAUAAGGUAAAUCCCCAAAUUUUGCAAAAAUAACCUAACCGUAAUUUUUCCUAAAAGUCGAUUCAGCUUCGUAUAAACCCUCGGAGGACAAAUUUUGCACGCGAUUCGCAGUUACAGCUAAAGGGAUUUGUUUCCAUGUGCUGUGGCACUACAGUCUUGUCAUGCACACCUGUGUUUACAGGUCUUGUAACACACAGAAGACUGUUAUAAAAAAAUCGAUGCAAUGGCAUCAUCUGGUAAAUUUGACUUGUCAACUGUUAGCCCGGAUAGGCCAUUGUACAACUCAGCACAGCGUGGGUCCUACACAGCCGCAUCACUGGACAGAUCAUCAAGCUUCCGUGACAACAACAACAACAUGGAAAAUCCAAUCCUAUCAUCUCUCCCAAGCAUGUCAAGAAGCACCUCAACCGUGACACAAGUGGAUGUAACUAACUUUUUACAAUGCUUACGGUUUGACCCAAAGUCAAUGGCUGCUGACCAUAAGUUUAAUCGCCAUGGAGAUUUUAGAAGACUUGCAAGUGCUGUUCUUGGUUCACCUGAUGAGUCACCAUCAUCCAAAACCAAGCUCCCUAAUUCCUCCCCAGAUGAUCUCAAACGACUAAAAGCUGGUUUGCGUGAAUCCACCAUCAAAUCCAGGGAAAGAGUGAAGGCGUUCAGUGAGACACUGUCAGUGAUCAACAAGUUUUUCCCGAGUAUUCCUUCUAGGAAGAGAUCACGUGGGCCUGAUGGUUUACCUGGUGAUCGUUCUACUGGCUUACUAUUGAAUCGUGCGCCUAUGGGGACACCUAAGAUGGGGGCACACACACAAGCUCAUUCCCUCUCAAAUUCGUUUGACUUUGACCAGCAGAAGGUUGAAGAGAGGGGUAAAAACGUCAUUCCUAACAAACGAACCAGAACUUCAAUGGAGGUGCGACCCAACACUCCCGCCAGAUCAUCUGGAAAUGUAGAUAGAGAUAAAGAACCAUUAAGACUUCCCACCAGUAAUGAGGAUAGAGCAUCAUUGCCUAUUGUAGCUGAUGGUUGGGAAAAGUCAAAAAUGAAGAAGAAGCGAACUGGAAUAAAAAUUGAUGCUUCUCCAAGUCCAAGCUCAGGGUCAACAAAACCUAUUGAUGGAUACAGGGAAGCCAAACAAGGAAUGCAUCCGAGGCAUGUUCCUGAUGGCAUCACACGCUUAAAUGAUUCCCAUGGCUUCAGGCCAGGAGCUGCUAAUGGAGUAGCGGGAGGCGGAAAAGCUGAUGUCAUGCGCCCUUCCAUUCCAAGACCUGAGAUUGACAACACAUCUCUUCUCCAAAGAGAUAGAAGCACGAGUUCAGAGAAGGAAAGGGCAAAACGGUCAAAUGCACGUGAAGAAUUCGCAUCCGGUAGUCCCACCUCCACGACAAAGCUCCACACGAAUGCUCGAGUUACAAACAAGAACCCGGGUCCGGGUCAAUUUGGGUCGGGUAACCGGAAACGGACACCCGCGACACGGUCAUCAUCGCCACCUGUCACACAGUGGGCUGAGCGGAGACCACAAAAGAUGUCGCGUACAGCUAGACGAACCAAUUUACUCCCAAUUUUACCCACUAAUAAUAACGAUGAAGCACCGGGUUUGGAUACGAGUGAUGUCACUGGUGGUAGUCCAAGUGGGCCCUCCGGGUUUUCCAAACGGUUUGCAAGUUCUCCUCAGCAGUUCAAAUCGAAAGGCGAUCAUUUUGCUUCUUCUACUUUGUCAGAAAGUGAGGAGUCUGGGGCUGCUGAAAUUAGAUCUAGGGAUAAGGGUAAGAAGUGUGAUGAAGAAGGAAAAAGCGAACAGAAUAUUCAUAAUAAAAUGUCAACUUUAGUCUUGCCAACCAGAAAGAAUAAGAUUGUGAAUGGGGAAGAUAUUGGUGAUGGUGUUCGUAGACAAGGGAGAACUGGGGGCCGGGGUUUUGGUUCUGUGCGUGCUGGUGCACCACAUGCGGUUGAGAAGAUUCGCAAUGUGGGGACCGCAAAACAACUUAGAACUGCUCGAGUUGGUUUUGAUAAGUCUGAAAGUAGAACCGGUCGGCCUCCAACUAGGAAGCUCUCUGACCGCAAAGCUUAUACGCGUCAGAAACAUACCGCGAUCAAUUCAGCAGCUGAUUUUCUUGUUGGAUCUGAUGAUGGACAUGAAGAGCUUCUGGCUGCAGCUAAUGCGGUUAUUAAUCCUAAUCAUGCAUUGUCUAGCCCAUUCUGGAGGCAGAUGGAACCAUUGUUUGGUUUUUUAUCUGACAUGGACAUGUUGUAUUUAAAGCAACAGGGAAGUAUUCAGGCUGCUGUUAUAGAUAGUGGUGGUGCAGUUUCUAAUGGAACAGAAAGCAGAAGCCCUGAACAUUAUGCAAGUCCAGGGGAGAUUCAGAUUCCCCUGUGUCAGAGACUUCUUGCUGCUUUAAUCUCAGAAGAAGGAAACAUUGAUGAACAUACUUAUAAUGUUUAUGGAUCUGGAUCUGGAUUUGAGUUUGAAACAGACAUGGAAUCAAAUGUGUUCAAUCAUCGGUCGACUUUCAGUGGUCAUAGCCAUAGGAAUAAUAACCAUAUCAUGUCCAUACCAGAUUCAGGUUUUGAUACUUCCUACAAUGGUCUGCUUCCAGAUCUAGCAAUGACACCUGGCAGUGCCACCACCUUCUCUGAAUAUCAAUAUAGUAACAUGUCAGUAAAUGAAAGACUUCUUAUUGAGAUUCAGAGUAUUGGAAUUUAUCCAGAGCUAGUGCCUGAUUUACCAAAAGGGAAUGAAGGCAUCAGUGCAGAAAUUAGUCGACUUGAAGAAAAACACCACGAACAGGUUUCCAGGAAGAAAAGUCUGCUUGAUAACCUUAUGGAGUUCACCAAUGAAACAAGAGAGCUUCAAGAAAAGGAAUUUGAACGACAUUGUCUGGACAAACUCACUGCAAUGGCAUACCAAAAGUACAUGAGUUGUUGGGGUCCACAUGGGCCCGGGGGAAAAGGCGUGGGUAGCAAAAUGGCGAAACAAGCUGCUUUAGGUUUCGUGAGACGAACACUAGACCGAUGCCAUGAGUUUGAAACAACAGGCAAAAGCUGCUUCAAUGAGCCUUUAUACAAAGAAAUGUUCCAUAACAGAUCUUUACACUCAAACGACACACAAAUCGAUAACGAAUUUGAUAAAAUAUACGCUUCAGGUGUACAAGUACAAAGCCCUUCGUUGAACAACCACGACAUAUAUUCUUCUGACACGUUUCAUUUGGCUGAUCAAACUAUUGGGAAAGAUGAUGUGUGGUCAAGCAGGGUAAAAAAGAGAGAGUUAUAUCUAGAUGAUGUUGUUGCGGGUACUUCUUCUUCUUCCGGAAUACCCUCGGGAUUUGGAGCCACAAUUUUAAAGAGUGCAAAAGGAAAGAGGAGUGAGAGGGAUAGAGAAGGGAAGGGUAGUGGCGUCAUUUCAAGAAACGGGCCCCCGAAAAUCGGUCGCCCGGCAUCCGUGAAGGGGGAAAGAAAAACGAAAACGAAAUUGAAGCAAAAAACAACCGCUUCUCUUAAUGGUCCGGUGGGAAGGACGAAUUUGCCCUCCUCGGUUGUUAAGUUGGAAAAUAGCAUAAUCGUGAAAGAAAAGGAUGAGUAUUGUGAGGAGCCACUUGACUUUUCACAUCUGCCACUCCCGGAAAUGGAUGUGCUUGGUGUUGGUGAUGAUCUUGGUGAACAAGGGCAGGAUAUAGGGUCAUGGUUGAAUAUCGAUGAUGAUAUUUUACAAGAUGACGACUUUUUGGGGCUUGAGAUUCCAAUGGAUGAUUUAUCGGAUUUGAAUAUGAUGACUUUCUCUCCAUCAUCAAGGAUUUUGAUUAGGAAAUGGAGAACCCUAAGGAGGAUGAACAAUCAGGAAUCAUCAUCAGGUGGAGGGAGAAGUUGGUGGCAAGCAACCUGA